AUGGCCGACCUUCCCCCUCAGUCCAUGCCUGCUCCUGUUGAACACCUUAAUAUCAAGGUGACGGAUAAUAACAACGAAGUCUUUUUCAAGAUCAAGAGGAGUACGCAGCUGAAGAAACUUAUGGAUGCCUUCUGCGAGAGACAAGGCAAGCAACUCUCGACUGUUCGCUUUCUCUUUGAUGGCACAAGAGUCCGGCCAGAUGACUCUCCUGAGACUCUUCAUGAGAAACGAAGUAAGCCAACUUCUCAAGUUUGUCCAUAUCCCUUCUCUCAAUACAUGCUAACGUCUCGGUGUUUCUUCUUCCACAGCCUUUCAUUCACCUCUUCCACGGCCGCCGUUCCUUUCUACCUUCCGCUUGAUGUUCCCCUACGUUCUGUUUCUUUCAAACAAGUGUAA